UACCUUGACAGCGGUGAGCUCUCCAGCGCUGAAACUUGGGACCGUGUCGUUGAUAGAAACUGGGGUAAAUGUCGGUGUGUUUGCGGAGUCACGGUCCCGACACACUCGGUGGGAUUAUAUAAUCACGGACCGGACGUUUCACCGCUCCUGUCGCCUCUCUGCGGCUCUUCACGUUCGACCUGCCCGACUUUCCAGGGACACAAAUGGGUGAAAAGGAGGAGAAGAGCCCCGAUGGAGUCAAAUACUACAGACUGUCAGAGAUCGAGGAGCAGAACACGUUCAAAUCAACGUGGAUCAUCAUCCACAACAAAGUCUACGAUGUCACCAAGUUUCUGGAGGAGCACCCCGGAGGAGAGGAGGUGCUGAGGGAGCAGGCGGGAGGAAACGCCACCGAGAGCUUUGAGGACGUCGGUCACUCCAGCGACGCCAGAGAGAUGGCUGCUGACAUGGUGAUAGGAGAGCUGCACCCGGACGACAGAGACAAGCUCGCCAAGCCUGAGGAAACACUGGUGACCACUUUGAAGGACGACAACAGCUGGUGGUCUAACUGGUUGAUUCCCUCUCUGGUGGCGGCCAUCAUCACGCUGAUGUACCGCAUCUACACCACAGAGAGCGAGUGACAUCAUCAGACACGCAGCUGUGAUGUCAUCAGCAGGCACUACAGCCAUUUUCCCAGACUGAUGAUUGACAGCUGCAGCAGCCAAUGAGGUGUGAGGACGAGCGGCGGCUGCAGACCAGUGGAUUAAAAACAUCACAGAGGGAAAUGUCUGUUCAAGGAUCACUAACUCUACGUCCUACAAUAACCAUGAUGCAUUUCAUGCUGUUUAACCAACCAAUCAGAUGGCAUUAUGUUAAUGAAGUCAUUCACGUUGUUGAAUUUACUGUGAUAUUGUGAAAUGUUUUCUAAAAUCAAUGAUUUGAAAUCUUGGAUGUAUAAUUUGUUGUAUCUUUUUAUAUCUGUGUCACUGAAUGUAAAUGAUUUCAUAAAGAUGUAAUCAGCA